GUCCCAGCGGGCGCCGACCGUGCGAGGAGCGCGGGCACUCGCGAGGGUGCCGGCCCGCCCGAGCCGGCGGAGGACCUGCCGCGCCUCCCGGGAGGGAGCGCGCGGGCCAGCGCAGCGCCCGCAGGCUGUCCCCCGGCAGCAGGCGCCGCCGCAGCCCCGAGGGCGCCGGACGCGCCGAUCGGCCCUGCCCCGCUCGCAGCCGCGGCCGGGGGGCUGCUGACGUCGGGCCAGAUCGGGCAAGCGGCCAUGGAGGCCCUGCAGCAGUCGCAGAUCGUGAACGGCAUGGCCACCUGGGCCCUGGAGGAGGGCGCUGCGCAGCGGGUGCGCAGCCGCCCCGCGGACACCUCCGCCUGCGGCCUGCAGGACGGCCUGGCGCGGCCAGAGCGCGCCGUCCUCGCGGCCACCGCGCAGGGCGCGUCCUCCGCGGCUGGAGGUGCAGAUGCUGCCAUUUCGCAGAGAAGCGCUUCCGUGACCAGCGGCUUGGCUCGGCUGGACAUUGCCAAGGAAGCCCCCGAAGAGCCAUGCGGCGCUGCCCUGUGGAGGCCAUCUGUGGCGGUGCCCGGCGCCAGAGUGGCGCUUGACAGCUCGUGCUCGGACCUCGACGGUCCUACUGUGCUUGUCGAGGGUGCCGCCUCUGCGGCGCAGGCGCGUGGGCGCGAGGCAGCGGACGAGGCCGUGGAGGUGCUCAGGAGGGCCGAGGCGCUGUCUGCGGCGCAGGCGCGUGGGCGCGAGGCAGCGGACGAGGCCGUGGAGGUGCUCAGCUGUCCGGAGGGCCGAGGCGCUGAGCCAGGCCGUGGUGCUGGCCCUCCGCGGCGCCGACCGCGCCUCGGCCCACGAGCCCGCAGGCGGCCCGGCGGCCGCCCCCACCCCGCCACGGCCCGGGGGAGACGGAGAGGCUCCCGUGCCGGGCGACGGCUCCAGCGCGCGCUCGGGCGCGCCCGGCCCAGCGCCGCCGCAGCUCCAGGGCACCCUCCCAGGCGGAGGAGCUCCCGUGGCGGGGGGCCUCGGCCCGCCCUCGGGCGCGCCCGGCCCGGCGCCGCUGCCGCCCGAGGCGCUGGCGGCGACGGAGCCCGAGGGCAGCGGAGAAGCUCCCCCGGGGGGCGGCGGCUGCAGCGCGCCCUCCGGCGCGCCCGGCGCGCCGCCGCCGUUCAGGGGCGACGGAGAGGGCCCUGCGGCGGGCGGCUCCGCCAGCGCUCCGGGCCAGGAGGAGCCCGGGGAGGGCGGCGACCGCGGCGAGCCGGAGCCCGCGGAGGCGGAGAGCGAGGACGACGAGGAGGAGUACACGGACGCGUCCUCCGAGGACGGCGAGGAGGAGUCCCCGGAGGAGGGCCAGUGGGAGCCCGGGGGGCGCGGGGGCUCCGUCGUGUCCGUCGUCGGCUUCGUGUAGGGGCGCAGCGGGUCGUGCCGCCGGUCCCGUUGCGGCCGUGGGUCUGCCGCGCGGCGCGCCCCCGCUGCAAGGGCUGAAUGAAGUUCGUCGCUCUGCAGACAUCGGGUGCCUCGAAAAAAUCGAGACGGAGGUUUUUCGUGGUUUUCGGCCUCUCGAGGCCCUCGCCGGGCCUCGGGACCGUCAAAAAACGACUCGGGACGAAAAACCGGCCCCGGGGAAGUGGUCGGGAGGUCGGGGGCCCGUGUCUCGAAAAAAUCGAGACGUCGGAUGUUUGGGUCUGCACGUGUAGGCCACGCGGGCUGACGCGCGUGAGCCGAUGGUCGGUGGAACAAGAGAGCGCCGCGAAACAGCACAGCCGAGCCUUAGCUGCCACAAUCAGCAGGAUGGUGCAGGGCAGCAGACAAUUACCCAGGGACGCACCCGAACGCAUCUGCGACGAGCGGUGCCAUCAACGGGCUCAUCCAGAACAACCUGGCAUUCGAAAGGGCACGUGGCCAG